GAUUUUUUUAUUUGUAUCCCAACUCAUUACUAUCCAUUAUGAAAGUCUCUACUUACAAACUCUUAGCUGGCUUCCUAUUCCUUUUCUUUUUCUACCACUGUCAAGCGUGUCCACAUUACAAGUUUGUUGUGAAAGAAGCUCCAUAUACAAGACUAUGCAGCUCGAAGAACAUACUUACUGUAAAUGGCCAAUUUCCGGGUCCUACUUUAUAUGUUAAUAAAGGAGACACCAUCGUUGUUGAUGUUUACAACAGAGGAAACUAUAACAUCACCAUUCAUUGGCAUGGUGUGAAACAGCCAAGAAAUCCAUGGUCUGAUGGCCCAGAAUACAUCACUCAGUGUCCUAUUCAACCAGGAGCAAAAUUUAGGCAGAAGAUCAUUUUUACUACCGAAGAAGGAACUUUGUGGUGGCAUGCUCAUAGCACAUGGUUGCGAGCAACUGUCCAUGGUGCUCUGAUUGUUUAUCCCAAGAUGGGAACAAGCUAUCCUUUUCCGAAACCCGAUGUAGAAAUUCCCAUCAUAUUAGGAGAGUGGUGGCAAGAAGAUAUAACGCAGGUAUAUCUAGAUCUUGAACGCUACGGCGGCCUAGGAGUCGCCUCCGACGCCUACCUCAUCAACGGCCAGCCUGGUGAUCUUUAUCCCUGCUCUAAACCAGAAACUUUAAGACUCAAGAUAAAGAGAGGUUUGACUUAUCUCCUUCGGAUAGUUAACGCCAUCUUGAUAGAUGGCCUCUUCUUUGCCAUUGCCAACCAUACUAUCACGGUGGUUGGAUCUGACGCUGGCUAUCUAAAACCAUUCAAUAGAACCUUCAUUUGCAUAUCCCCAGGCCAGACCGUUGAUGUCCUUCUAGAAGCCAACCAAAGUCCCAAUCACUAUUACAUGGCCGCCAGCGUGUACACCACGGUUCUUCCAGGUUCUUACAACAACUCCACUACCACAGCUAUUGUAGAAUAUAAUGGAAACUACACUCCAUCCUCGCCGCCGGUGUUCCCCUAUCUUCCUGAAUAUAAUGACACAGAAGCAUCCGUUAAUUUUACCGCUAGUCUUCGGAGCUUAGCUGAUAAGGAGUAUCCAAUUGAUGUGCCAAUGGAAAUAAACACACAUUUGUUCUACACUAUUUCACUCGGCAGUCCAUGCAAAAACAACUCUUGCCCAGCUGGUGAGCAGCUGAGAUUCAUAGCCAGUGUGAACAACGUAAGCUUCCUCAAUCCCAGCAUUGAUAUAUUACAAGCUUACUAUUGCUGCAUUCAAGGGGUGUAUGGGACCAAUCUUCCUGAUUUUCCUCAAUUAUUUUUUGACUUCACUGCUGAUUAUUUACCGACGGAGUGGGAGAUUCCGCAACUAGGAACGGAAGUGAGAGUACUAGAUUACAAUUCCACCGUGGAGCUUGUUUUCCAGGCGACAAACUUGGUAAAAGGUAGUGACCAUGCAAUGCAUCUUCAUGGACAUAGUUUUUAUGUUGUGGGAUUGGGUUUAGGGAAUUUCGAUAAGGACAAGGAUCCCUUAACGUACAAUCUGGUGGACCCUCCUCUUCAAAACACCAUUCAUGUUCCAAGAGAUGGAUGGAUGGCCAUAAGAUUCAAGGCUAACAAUCCUGGAGUGUGGCACAUGCAUUGCCAUAUUGAUCGACACAUGGUAUGGGGCAUGGGUACGGCGUUCAUAGUUAAAGAUGGCGAACCGCCGGAGGCCAAAAUGUUACCACCACCACCUGACAUGCCUCCAUGUUAAGGCUAUCUCAAUUAUAUCCAAGGUUGCAAAGUCUACGGGUCAAGAAAGAUAUGUACUCCCAUAAACAUAUCUGGACAAAGAGAAGCAUUGUAAUCCUUGAAAGUAUUUUGCUAAAUUAAUGGUUCUGUUUAGCAGGAGAAUUCUAUCAUCUGCAAGCUUGUUUUUAGUUUUUUUUUUUUCCCAACAAAUAAAUAUUUUCUACUAUU